AUGAAGUUCACCACUAUCAUCACCGCUCUCUUCACCCUCGGCUUCGGAGCCGAUAUGGCCGCUGCCGCGUGCUCAGGCUGCGACAUGAAGGUCUGCAGUGGCAAGAACCUAAGCGGUCGCUGCAAGACUGGCUGCUACCCUUUCAAAAAGGUGGUAGCCAUCAACGGAGAGGGUCUGAAUGCGCCCGUCCGCUCCGGAAAGACCGAUACCGACUGCGCAUGUACAUUGGCAGUUGAAAGCGAGGGAUCUUGCGAACUUAUUAACUCAAACCGCAAGGGCACAAACGUAAACGAUUCUGCAUGCCAGAAGCCCCGCGACGUUGCCUACUGUAUCCGCCAGUGA